CUCCCCCGUUACCGUCGGUCACCGAUCAGCGGAAUCCAGUGCCUGACGCGUCGCGUGCGCUGCUCGUGCAGACCGAGAGAGAAUCAGAGAGGAAUCGAUCCUGCGGCGCGAUGGGAACGUUCCGGAGCGCAGCGGUCGGUCUGGAUGAGGAAGAGGAAGAGGAGGAGGAGGAGAGGCGCUGGGAAGUUGAGCGUCUUCCUCCACUGCUCGAGGACGAGGAGAACGUGUCUCUGGCUGAUAUUCUGUGUCUACGGGACGGUGGGCUGUCGGAGCAGGAGUUGUGGGCGGUGUGUGUGGAGUGUGUUCGUUCUCUCCAGAGCAUCGGCCUCUCACCGCUCUUUCACACCCUCUGCGUGACGCCCGACACGCUGGCCUUCAACGCUCACGGUAAUGUGUGCUUCAUGGAGCAGCUCAACGGUGAUCCUGACGGCUGUUUUGUUCCUCCAGAGUUGGAGAAGACUGGAAGCACAUUUGAGGUGAGAAAACAUGAGUCCAGGAACUGCUUGUUUUGUCAGGACAUUCUCUCUCAGGCGGAGGCUGUGCUCGGCGACGUCUCGCCCACAACCGUCUGCCGCAAACUGUCUGCCAUCGGCCGAAGAGUCCUCUCCAUAGAGUCCAUCGCUGCUCUGCACGAUGGAUGGGAGAAAUCCAGUUUCCAGUUUCUGGAUCACAAAGCCUGGAGAUCAAACUCCACGGAGAAACCCGACGGCGAUCGGAUCAUGAUCAGAAACUACUCUGCCGAUUCGUACGAUGGCGAGGAUCUGCUGCUGAGACGCAGAGGUCAGCUCUGUAAUGGCUCUCCGUGGUCUGGAAGUUCAGACAGCAGGUCUCAGAACAGUUCUCCGGUGCACAGGAGGAGUCAGGAGAGGAGGCCCGGGAGAGCCAGGAGAGCCCUGAACCGCUCCUGCUCGGUCCCGGACUCCAACAACCCUCGAGCGCUCAGCCCACCGUCCCACGCGCCCAUCAGCAUGAUGAUGGCCGACCUGUCCGAGAUCACGGAGGAGGAGAGCUGGAGUGGGAGACUGCGGCGGCCCAAAGCCAGGGAGGACCAGGAAUCGACGGCUGAACCCGAUGCAUGCAAGACGGAUCAGACUGAAGCUGUAGACGCUCAAAGCCCAACGGCCUCGGAAGAUGGAGAAACGCACGCAGACGCAGACCUGUGCAGAUCCAACCAUGCCAACAAAACUGUGUUGUGCCUGAAUGAGGAAUCUCACAGUCAGUGGAUCUCUUUGCGGGAGCUGCUCUCGUGCUCUGGUCAGCCGUUCUCAGUGAAUGAGCUCUGGGCUUUAUGCUACACGUGUCUCUCCACACUACAGACAUAUAUCGACCUCCCAGACUACCUGUGUCUGGACUCUGUGUAUGUGGGCUGUGAAGGAGAGAUGCUGUUUCUGAGACCUAAAAACUUAGCCUCCUGUGAUGCAUUUUUUCUGGCUCCUGAGUUUCAAGAACAUGGAAUUGUGACGGAAAAGGCGUGUGUGUAUGGGGUAGCAGCUGUUCUCUGGGCUACAGCCAAGUUUAAUUUGUCUCCCAAUCAAAAGCUGGCCAUGCCGAGAAAACUCAAGAGACUUCUGCUUGAGAUGGCCAAAAGAACUCCAAUCGAAAGACCUUCUAUUGAAAUGGCGAAAAAGUCUUGCUGUGACUACCUCUCCCGCCAGAGAACGAAUGCCGAGAGCGUGUGGACGCAGAUCAUCAGCCGAGUUCACCAGGCAUUCGAUGGGAAUAGAGAUACAGAGGAAUCAUCUUCUCCCGAGUGUGCUGAAAACCCAUCUGACCCACACUUGGGAGAAGUUCAGACAGGUUUUGUCCCGUUGGCCAGCGAGGGCCGUUUGGAGCCUGUAGCUGGUCCAGUUCCUCAUCAUUACCCAGAAUCCUCCAGCAGCGUCAGACUGCCCGAGGCCUUCACUUCUCCUGCCACACACUUCAGCCCCAUAAUACUGACUCAUCACCCGCAGUUUGAGCUGAUUGUCAGUGGACGCUCUGUUGAGGACAUCACGGAUGAAACGAUCCUGCGAGAGGCAGAUGAACAGGAAGAGAGCGGCACUGAGGAUGAUGAGACGGCUGGUGUUUUCUCUGUCAGUUAUUCAUCAUCAUCCAGCUGUAAGACUCUUGUGAAUUCACCGCCUCCAGCGACUCCCCAAAUAACCAAUCAAGAAACAGAAGACCAGCCACACUUCCCUGCCUUGUCCUGUGCUAAUGGGAUUUGUAACAACUUCCUGCUACAGCAAGACCCCCUGACAGGAAAUCUGACCCUGCUUCCUGUUCAGAUCGCCGUGCUUCAGCCAAUCACAGGCGCGGAUGAAGCUUCUGAUGGCAGUGUGAGGAAUGAAAGCGUCUGUUUGACCCACAGAGACUCGGCAGUGUCUCCUGAAAGUCCAGUGACAGAUAUAAGAGUUCAGCCCCACGCUCCGCCUCACUGUGUGAAUAUUAGCCCGUCACGCUCGCGUCUGCAGCACAUCAUUGAGCUGCUCAGAGAACAGUUUGCUUUUGAUGGCUACCUGAAGAAUGGAGUUCAAGAUCUGGCUAUGGGAGAAUACAUCUUCUCUUUAGAAACCCUCCAGUUUGAGACCUUUUGUCGAGCGAUAACGGAGAAAUUUGGUGAUCUGUACUGGGAUCAGAAGCUGUUGUGUGACCUGCACCGUCUGAUCAACCAGCAUUCAUGCCCACGCGUCUCUGAUGAACAGUCCUCCUCAAAGGCGGUGGAAAGGGCAGCAGCAUCACUCCAGAGCGCCAGACAGCGUUUGUCCAGCGAGGCAAAGGCUCAUCUUGACCACAGUGCAAACCUCUGUCCUUCAGAUCGACCGGAGAACCAGCUGGACAAGAUGAAGAAAGAACCGGAAUGCUGCAAAGUAAAUGAGCUUAAAUACAGAGAAACAGCAGAUGGACAAAACCUAGAGGAGACGUGCUGGAGACGAGACACACAGGAAGUGACAUCAAAGGAUGACAACAAAGAGCUGAUGGAUCUGAUGGCUCCAGACGGUGGCGCUGCAGAGUGUGUUUGUGCAGCUGAAGCGCGGCUCGCUCCCGACACGGACGACUGUGACUCUGUGAUGUCUGAGCGGACGCUCUCGGUCUGCAGCGGUCCUCGGCUGGCCCCGCGCGGCUCCUGGGCUCUGGCUCUGUACGGGGACGACUGCUUCGGUCUGGAUGUGCUGGAGUACACACAGAAACUCAGCAGUCACAGCCAGUCGCCCACGCUGGAGGACAAAUCACAGGAGCUUCACCAGCAGCUGAUUAUUGAGAGCAGAAAUCUGAAAAAGACCAGUACUUUCUACCACAAGCUGAUUCAGCAAGAGAGGAAAAAUAAAGGUUCAGACACAAAGGUGAUGGUGUCUAAAGUCAAACUGCAGUUGGACGAGCUCAGAGAAAAAGUUGAGUUUCUGCAGUCUGUCAAGAAAUAUCUCCAGGUGUUGUCUGUGGAUCAAUGGGGUUUGGCGCUCUCUCUGCUGCCCUCUCUGGCUGCUUGUGGAGCUGCACCUCUGGACGAUCCUGCGCUUCUGCACGUUCUGUGUGAGCAGCGCCGGGGCAAAGGCUGCCCGCUAGUGACCGCCACCGCCAGAGGCCUCAUGGCCUACCUGUACGCCAGGAACGCUCACUGCGAGGGGUUUAUUCAGCAGUUUUUCUACACGUAUCGCUACUUCUGCACCUCGGAGGAGCUUCUGCGGUUUCUAAUGGACACAUUUAACAGCACACUGGGAGCGAAUGAAGAUCCCUCAUCAGACAGAGCUAAAGUCUAUCAGCGCACUCUGGAUUUAUUACACUUCUGGAUUGAAGACGUACAGUUAGUGGACUUCAGCUCCAGCUCCAGCCUCCUGCAGACGCUCGAAGCUUUCCUGAGCGCUCAGGUGGCACCUGUGGACAGUCGAGGAGAGAGUUUGCUGGCGGCGCUCCAGGCCUCACCCAGGAGGAGGCGCGUCUGUGGCCCGUCAUGUGUGUUUGACGCCUCCAUCAGCGGCCCAGAUGACAAGGAGAAGCUCUCAGUGAACUCCUCAUGCAGGAGACCAUCCAUCCAAGAUGCUGCUCCAAAGGGUUUCCAGUGGCGUGUGGUGGAGCCUCAGACGCUCCAGAGUAAAGAGAAAGUCUUCUCCAUCGCUGCGGCUCUUCCUCAGCCGUGUUACGCCUCUCUGAUGAGUCUGAGAUCAGACGAGAGACGUCCCUUCAGUCAGAGCGAGCACACGCCGCUGCACAUCGCUCAGCAGCUCACCUUACUGGAGCAGGAAAUAUUUCAGGACUAUCAUCCGGUUCACUUCCAGAAGUCAAGAGCUCACGGAGUGACAGAAAGCUCUGGAAACAUUUCCAGGUGUGCGUCUCCAGCCUCCUCGCCUCUAGAGGGCAGCAGUCUGUUGCUCAGGGAUGUGUCGGGGCCCCGGGGCCCGCUGCAGAGGCUCCUCACACACGCAGACUGUGUCGCUGACUGGGUUUCUGCUGAACUCGUCAUCUGUGACUCGGCCAAGGCACAGACGGCUUUACUCGCUCGCUUUCUCGCCGUUGGCAAGUUCUGCUACGAGACGAGAAACUUCGCCACAGCCAUGCAGAUUCUGUCGGGGCUGGAGAACGUGAUCGUGAGGCAAUUACCGGCGUGGAAGCAGCUCUCGCUGAAGGUGUGCGAGGCUCUGGAGGAGCUCAGGGCUGUUCAGGUGUUUCUGAAGAGUGAUAGUCUGUGUCUGAUGGAGGGAGAGAAGGGCAGACGGCUGCCGACUCUCCCAGACGUUCACAUCUUGGCCAUACACAUCCAGCAGCUGGAGAUCGGAGCGUUUACCAUGACCAGCGGAGCGUACAAGUGGCCCAAACUGAGGAACAUUGCGCGUGUGGUCAGUCAGGUCCACGCCUUUCAGGAGCGUCUCUAUUCCUACCCUCCCGACCUUGAGCUGCAGUUGUACCUGCGUGGGAGAAUCGCACGCUUCGGCAGGUGUGACAUCCCGCUCCUCGCCUCCGACAACCACAUCAACUUCAGCCAGACCCCCGCCGCUCGCCGGAUCCACGACACGCUGCGCCGCGUCAAAGCGUCUUUCCAGUGACCGGCACAGAUGUGCAACGAGCCAGAACUAUGGUGACCAAGAGAGCUCAGUGCGCUGCAACUAAAGAAAACACAUGCAAAUGGGAAAA